AUGGAGGAAGCUCGGGCAAUGCUGGAUGCCCUCAUGGGCCCCAGCCGCAACCAGGACCAGGCCACCAAGGACACCGAGACACCAGACUUUGCGGACGAAAAGGUUUGCAAGAACUUUUUGGUUGGUUUCUGCCCUCACGACUGGUUCACCACGUCCAGGCGCAAGAUGCCUCCCUGCAAUAAGAUCCACUCGGAGGUUCUCCGCGACACGUUUGAGGCCCAUCCCGAGGUUGCUAAAUAUCGGCGCGCGUUCGAGGAGCAGUUUCUGAAGUACCUGGCAAAAGUCACACGUGAGUGCGACAUGUUCAUCGGUCGGGAGAAGAUUAAAUGCAGGCCAAAAGGUUCGGGAGGCGUAACCACGCGAAUGCCACCGGACGUGCAAGAAAAGUACGAUGCCUUGCAGAAGGAGCACCAGAAAUUGGUGAAGGGGGCUGAGGAGACGGCUGAUGAGUCUCUCAGCCGAAGUGAGGAGCUGACCAGGCAGGCUCUCGAGGUGGAGCAGGAGCUGAAUGAUUAUCAGAAGCGCUACCGAUUUGAGUUCCCUGGUGAAGAGGUUUGUGAGGUGUGUGGUGUUCGCUACGCUUCGCAAGCAGCGGACAAUCCAGAUUGGCACGAGCGUGCUUCGCACCUCAAUGGCAAGAUGCACCAUGGCUGGUUGCAGAUUCGGCAGAAGUUGCAGGAGCUGAAAGAGAAAGAGCGCCUGUGGGAGCGCGAGGAUUAUCGAGAGGAGCAGAAGGCGAACGGCAAGGCGAAGAAGCCGAAGCGGGGCAAGACGACUUCCAGUGAUCGACAGCGCUCCAAGGCGAAGCGCUCGCGUAGCCGAAGGAAUGCAAGGCACAAGAAUCGGAACUCCAGGGAUCCAAGUGAGAAGAAGAAGAAAGCCAGGAGGUUACAGCUUCACAGCCAGGCGGAAGAGAGGGAGACUGCUCUGACUGCCCGCCAGGAGAUGUUGCAACGAGAGCAUCAGAAGGUGUGGGAAGAUCUGCAGCAGUACCGGCAAAAACACAACGACAAGGAGAGAAACUUGCGGGCAUUUGUGCGGCUGGCGCAAGAUGCUUUCUCCAUGGUAACGGAGCUUCAGGAGAGUUUCGUGGAGCAGACUCGCCGAUAUCAGGAGUUGUCACAGCGUGUUCGUGCCCAGCAGCAAGAGAUGCAGCAGGAUAUCUUGGAGGCGGAGCAGGUGGCUGCACUCUCCCUGCAAUGCGCCGGCGAGCUGAAGAGUGUUCUAGGUCACGCGCGUGACAUGAGUUCGGCUGGGGAGGAGCAAUGGAAGCAAGAUGCCCACCGACUGCAAGAGCAGCUGCACAACCUCCACGCGAACCAUCGGGAAGCGGCCAGAACUGUGCGUGAGUUUCGCCAGGCAGAUGAUGCAAGAAAGCAGGAGGAGGAUCGUCGAAGAGAGGAGCAGGCGAAGCAGGCCGAAGAGAGGAAGAAAACGAUGAUGGAGCGCCACGGACUCGUCACCAGCCCUAACAUCAUCAGGCAGAUGGCGCAGGCCAUGGUUGGCAUUGAAGUGGACAAGAUUGACCAGAAAAACAGACGAGAGAAGCGGAAGCUGAGGGUCAUCUGUGAUGUGAAGACUGUACGAGGCAUCGCAGUGAACCAGGUCAAGCUGCAAUGGUCCAAGGCGCCGUACAGGGAGUGGUCGGAGAAGUGCUCCUGCGACCUGUCACAGGUCAUGAGUUUGGGAUAUGCCUUCGCUGCGCGAGCGACCUGGCUCUUCCCGGACCAGGUGUCCCCGCAUCAUUGUUUCUCCCUGCAGACUCCUGCCCGCUCCUUCGACUUCAUCUGCUUCUCCGACAACGAUGUGGAGGCUCUGGUGCUGGUGAUCAGCAGGCUGUGCACCAGGAUCCGCGGCUGGCCCCUCCAUGGCGGCGUAAGCUCCCACGCGAAGUUCACUGCCAUGAAAGGUUGGAGCAAGGUGCAGGCCGCCUGUCGUUCCAACAGGAAUCAGCCCCUCAGCACCUACCUGCGAGAGGCAGCUGAGAAGAUGCCAGCUCGUCCGAGCCAGCUGCCGCGGGUGCCAUCUCCUGACGAAACGGACGAGGAGGAGGAGGAAGAAGAGGAGAUCGACGAGGACUGUGUCGUCCCGCUUGCGCUGUUUCUCUGUUCAUUGGUUUCUCUGCUUUAUUGCCCGAACGAAGUCACGGAGUCAAGAAGUCUAGUUGUGCGAGGAUGA